AUGGCUGGCGUUUGUAGCAGAUUUGCUUUUGCGACCGCAACAACUAUAGAGGAGCUGAAAAACUGCUCCAAAAGCGAAAACGCUGCAAAAAGCACCGAUUUUUGGCUCUCUGUCUGGAAGAAGUGGUGCUUAGAGAAGAAAAUUACAGAUGAAAUAGAAAAUUAUGAGCCGGCUGAGCUUGACACUUUGCUCGAGCAUUUCUACGCCGAAGUAAAAAAUAAACAAGGUGAAGAUUAUGAACCAGAAAGCCUCAAAGUAAUGAUGGCAUCGCUUGACAGACACUCAAAGAACAAAGGCUACACAUUGUCCAUUGUACGUGAUCGAGAAUUUAGUUCGUCCAAAAAGGUGUUGGAAGGCAAAGCGAAACAGCUUCGCUUGGCUGGCCGUGGUAAGCGCCCAAACAAAGCUCGACAAGUAUCAGACGAGGAAGAAGAAAUUCUCUGGAAGAGCGGAAAACUCGGAGGUAAUAACCCAGAAUCUUUAAUUCAAACAAUGAGGUGGCUCCUUACCCAACACUUUGGUCUUCGUGGAAGGCAAGAACACCACGGAAUGAGACUGGACGAUUUCAGAAUCAUGAACGAUGACGACGGCAUCGAAUUUGUUGAGUUUGCAGAAGGGCCUACGAAAACAAGACCUGGAGGUUUGAGUGCAAAGCCAAGACAGUUCCAGCCCAAAAUGUUUCAGACCGGGGAAGGAAAAUGUCCAGUUGCUUUAUUUCGUCAGUACAUUAGCCGUAGACCUCCCAAUCUGAGGACGAGUGGUCCAUUUUAUCUCUCGAUAAAGUACAACAGACGAGCCAACGACGAAAUUUGGUACAAGGUACAGCCCAUGGGAGAAAAUAAAAUCAACUCCAUGGUGAAGAGCAUCAUCUCCGGAACCAGCCUUGAGACAUCUGAGAAGCGGUUUUCACAGUACCCGUAA